CCUCCCGACCGAGCUGUCUGCGCAUGCGCCGGUUUUCAGAGGCCGCGACCGAACCAGAGACCGGGAGAUCUCCCAGCCUGCCCCGCGGUCAGAGCCGGAUAAACAAAGGGGGCCCUCCCGGAGCACCAGACUGGUGAGAACGUCGCUGGGGCCCUUGUUUGGAAGACCUGAGGGGCCCUAAGAGUUCCCCCUGACCACCUCGCCCUGUGUGUGGCCCCUGGCUGAAGCAUUCGAGGGGCCCAAGGAGCAGCUCCGGGAUAACAUCACUCAGGGGCCCCUUGUGAAGACGUUUAGGGGCCCCCUGAAGACUCUCCUGUGUUGGAGCCAUUGUGUGGCCCCUGUGUGGACAUUGUUAGGGGCCCCCAAGGACCCCCGCGCUGCCCUGAGUCUAUUGAGGGGUCUCCGAAUUGGGAACCGCGAAGGGGCCCCUGGUAACGCCAUCAGAGAGGGGGGCCACAGGAGGUGAAGACGCUUGUGUGGGCCCCGCGGAGCCUUGGUUGUGGUGUGGGGCCCCUCCCCAUGGGAUGUGACCUUUAUAAAGGGGCCCUCAGAACCCUCCUUGUAUCCGGAGGACCCUUCGGGUCCAUGAGACUCCCCUCCCCCCGCUGAGAUUUGGGGGGGUUUUCCCGACGUCCUAUCAACGCGAAGCGAGGAUCCAAGAUGGCGUCCGCCGCCGCCGAGUCCAUGGGGGGCUCCAGUCCAGGAGCUGCCACCACCGUGAAGGGGAGCGUCGCGGGAGAAUCUGCAGGAACGAUGGCGAGCGCGUCGGGUCAGUUUGGCACUCAGACAAUGAAGAAGCUUGGCCAUCGGGGUGUGGACUCUACAGGGGAGACAACAUAUAAAAAGACGACGUCUUCUGCACUGAAAGGAGCCAUCCAGCUGGGGAUCACACACACGGUGGGCAGCCUGAGCACCAAACCCGAGAGAGACGUCCUAAUGCAAGACUUCUAUGUGGUAGAGAGUAUCUUCUUCCCUGCUGAGGGAAGUAAUCUCACCCCCGCCCAUCACUACAAUGACUUCCGAUUUAAGACGUACGCUCCGGUGGCGUUCCGCUACUUUCGGGAGCUCUUCGGCAUUCGGCCAGACGAUUAUUUGUAUUCUCUGUGUAACGAGUCCCUGAUAGAACUCUCCAAUUCUGGGGCCAGCGGGUCCCUCUUCUACGUGUCCGGGGAUGACGAGUUCAUUAUUAAGACGGUUCAACACAAGGAGGCUGAGUUCUUGCAGAAACUGCUGCCUGGAUAUUACAUGAACCUGAACCAGAACCCCCGCACCCUCCUGCCCAAGUUCUACGGACUGUACUGCGUCCAGGCGGGCGGGAAAAACAUCCGGAUUGUAGUUAUGAACAAUUUGCUGCCCAGGUCAGUGAAGAUGCACCUGAAGUACGACAUGAAGGGCUCCACCUACAAGCGACGCGCUUCGCCCAAAGAGCGGGAGAAAAGCUUCCCCACCUUCAAGGACUUGGACUUCAUGCAGGACCUGCCGGACGGGCUCUUCCUGGACCCGGACAUGCACAACGCCCUGUGCAAGACCAUCCAGAGGGACUGCCUGGUGCUGCAGAGCUUUAAGAUCAUGGACUACAGUUUACUGGUCGGCGUCCACAACAUGGACCACGCGCAGAGGGAGCACACCGUGACGGACGGCGCCGGCACGCACGGCGACUCCCGGAAACCCAUCACACAGAAGGCGCUCUACUCCACCGCCAUGGAGUCCAUCCAGGGGGAGGCGCGGCGAGGGGGCCCCAUCGAGACAGACGAUCAGAUGGGCGGUAUCCCGGCCCGCAAUACCAGGGGAGAGCGCCUCCUGCUGUAUAUCGGAGUCAUUGACAUUCUACAGUCCUACAGGUUCAUCAAGAGGCUGGAACACUCCUGGAAAGCUCUCGUCCACGAUGGGGACACGGUUUCGGUUCACAGGCCCGGGUUUUACGCGGAGCGGUUCCAGAAGUUCAUGUGCGGCACGGUCUUUAAGAAAGUCCCACUGAAAACUUCGCCCUCUAAGAAGAGCCGGACAGUGCCGGGGGGCGUGGCGCGCCGAGGGACUCAGGCCCUGGUCCCCACCCAGCUGCAGCUGGCCGAUGAAAACAGGCAGUACCUGAAUACAGAGGCGGAGUCAGACCAAGGCGCUCUGUACGGUCGGCCGGAUGUCUUGCCUCGGACUCCCCCCGUAGAUGAAGCGGCGAGCGACUCCCUGGCGACCACCCUGUCCACGUCCUCACUGGGCAGCGGAGGGCUGAACUCUCCUGCACACAGGUCAGUGGGGGUGGAAGUGCACAAAGCUGAAGCCACAGAGCAAGAAAUGUACAUGAGGGAGAGGCUGGAGAUGGGGAAGACUGGAGAGGAGGAAGAGGAAGAAGAUGAUGGAAUUCUGGACCCCAAUCAGAUAGAGACGGAGAUCAGCUUUUGAAUCGGGGGAUCGGCAGUUUCCAGACGACUUUUUUUUUUCACCGGUGGACCGUUGGAGCCUCCCACAGCCGCUGACCAGUCCGCGCCGCUGAGCUUAACGUCCAGAACCGUGACCUGCGCUGUUGUGCGUGUGGAUGGGGGGGAGGGGCCCGGCGCUCUUCUCCCCACCCCUUUACACUGACAAGGACGCUCUGCCACCACCAUGCCCAUGGUGAAUGUUACAAUGGGGGGGGGGAGGGGGGAAGUUGCCUCCUCUUCUGAUUUAUGCCUUACCUUUUCACGAGGAGCCGCCCCCCUUGCUCUCCCCUCCCCCUCCCCACCCCCUUUAUUUUUUUUUCUGGAUUCACGUUUCCUAUUUAAUAUAUCUAUUUUUUUGAAGUAGCCGGUUAUAGAACUUUGUGCUGUUGAUGCUGCGUUGAGUAAACUCGGACCAAAAAAAAACAGAGAAAGCAUUUGCUGCCUAAUUUUGGGGCUCACCACCCCUCCCCCCCCUUGCCCCCCCAAUCCUUGAGUGUGACAAGCUGUGACCUCAUUAUACAGUGUGUGGCCAUUACCUCCUCCUCCUCCAAUCGAUCGUUACCGUGGAGCCGGUGUAACCGAACCCCCCCCCCCUCUCCGCUGUGUGCCAACUCUUCUUCUGCCUACGGCGUCCUCCCCGGAAUCCGGAGCCGUCACCUUCUUUUAUUUGUGGUUUAUUUUAAGAAUUGCUAUAAUUUGGCCCCUCCCCUGCCCAUUUCAGCCCCUCCUCUGCUCAUCUCAUCUCCCCACCUCCACGGGGCUUCCCAAAGUUUAAACCUUUCGUUUCUGAGGUUGUGUUUGGGUUUUUUAUUUAAU